AUAGAUCCAAUUCAAGAAGCGAUUGAAUAUUUAGAAUUGCAUAAAGCUGGAGAUAACUUGUCAUACCGCCAAGUCGCAAAAAUGUUUAGAGUUGACCGAACAACGCUGUCGCGGCGGCACAACUGUUAUACACGCUCAAAUGCAGAAGAAGCGCGCCAGCGACAGUUACUCAGCCCACAACAGGAGGAGGUACUUGUCAAAUACAUAGAAAGAUGCACAAGAGACGGCUUGCCACCCACUAGAAGCAUGCUGCAAAAUUUCGCCUCUGCGGUUACGAAGUGGGAGGUCUCUGAGAGCUGGAUUACUCGGUUUCUGCAUCGCCACGCCAACAAGCUUACCACCAAAUGGACCACCAGGAUGGAUCGUGAGCGCUUUUUAGCUGACAGCAAGCGCAAGUACGAGCUGUACUUCAAUCUAUUGCACUCCAAGAUGCGUGAGCACAGCGUUGAUGAGCGCAACACGUACAAUAUGGAUGAGAAAGGC